AUGAAGUGUCGUUCGCAUCAGUCGGUUAAGGCCUUUUGCAAACAGCCCCCGGCCCCCCGCUCUGUCUCCGGGCAGCCGUUCUCUCUGCCCGAGGCUCUCCGUUUCCCACCCCAUCUCCCCUCCCCGCGGGGUGCGGCUGCGGGGCCGGCCGCCUCGGCCAGGGGAGAUGGUGCCCACGGGCCGGGCGGGGGGAACCUGACCUCGCUCCCCAUUUGGGUCUCCGGAGCAAGGAGGGCGCUGCGGGCGCCACACCGAGCCGCCUCCCGCGCGGGGAUGGGCUGGGGCGGUUGCGCCUCUAAAGCGAUGGCGAGCGGGGACCCUGGGCGUGGAAGGGAGCGGCACCGCCCGGGCCUCGCCCUUCCUCCUCCUCCUCCUCCUUGCACGCCGCUCGCCUCUUCUCCAGCCAUGACUCAGCGCUUCUCGCAGGCUGCCGGGCUGGGGACACGGGCUCCUCGCCGGCCCCUCCCGCCGCGUCCACCCCCUCUCUCACACCCACGCCCGCCCUCGGCCGCCGGCCCUUCCCCAGCGCCGCCGCCGCCGCCGCCGCAGUCAGCUCGGGCGUCCCGGCAGCAUCAGCCGCCCGACCCGGCCGCAGCCGACCCCGCGCGCCGC